AUGAAAGUUUGGAGGAACGGCCAGGAGGGCAGCUCGCUGCAGGUGCUGGGGUUGGUGAAGUCGGACGAAGGCUUCUAUCAGUGUGUGGCCGAGAACCAGGUGGGCAUCGCCAUGACAACCGCCCAGCUCAUCGUCAGGGAGACAGACUCCUCCCCCUCCUCUCCUGAAGCCCCUCCCACAGGGCCAGACUCCUCCCCCUCCUCUCCUGAAGCCCCUCCCACAGUGCCAGACUCCUCCCCCUCCUCUCCUGAAGCCCCUCCCACAGUGCCAGACUCCUCCCCCUCCUCUCCUGAAGCCCCUCCCUCAGUGCCAGACUCCUCCCCCUUCUCUCCUGAAGCCCCUCCCUCAGUGACUGACUCCUCCCCCCUCUCCCCUCCAGCCGGCCUGAGCCCUGGCGUGCCCUCGGCCCCUCGGGACCUGAGCGCGAUCAGGGUGUCGUCACGCUUUGUCACUCUGAGCUGGAGCGCCCCCCACAGGCCUCAGGGAGAAGUGCAGACGUACGGAGUGUUCUACGCUCAGCAGGAAGCCAACAGCCACCGUGCUGUCCUGCAGUACUACAGUACUACAGUCCUGCAGUACCACAGUACUACAGUCCCACAGUCCUACAGUACUACAGUCCCACAGUCCUACAGUACUACAGUACUACAGUCCUGCAGUACCACAGUACUACAGUCCCACAGUCCUACAGUACUACAGUACCACAGUCCUGCAGUACUACAGUACUACAGUCCCACAGUCCUACAGUACUACAGUGCCACAGUCCUGCAGUACUACAGUACCACAGUCCUGCAGUACUACAGUACUACAGUCCCACAGUCCUACAGUACUACAGUACCACAGUCCUGCAGUACUACAGUACUACAGUCCCACAGUCCUACAGUACUACAGUACCACAGUCCUGCAGUACUACAGUACUACAGUACCACAGUCCUGCAGUACUACAGUACUACAGUCCCACAGUCCUACAGUACUACAGUACCACAGUCCUGCAGUACUACAGUACUACAGUCCCACAGUCCUACAGUACUACAGUACCACAGUCCUGCAGUACUACAGUACUACAGUACCACAGUCCUGCAGUACUACAGUACUACAGUACUUGUACUUGUACAUGUGUACAGGGAGCGCUCGGUGAAUGUGUCGGAGUCGGACUCGUUGCGGAUCACGGUGUCGAAUCUAAAACCACAAGAAAAAUACAACUUCAGAGUCAGAGCGUACAACGAGAACGGAGCAGGAGAAAGUACUGCAGUACUGCAAGUGACUACUGCAGAGGACCUGGACCUCCCGGGCCGUGUCUCCCCCUCUGCCUCCCCCCUCUCCCCCACAUCAGUGCUGGUGUCCUGGGAGCCCCCCUCCCCCGUGGAGCCUCCCACUGGGUACCGGCUCCAGUGGACUGAGGCGUCGACCGGGAGAGACCAGACGGUGGAUGUGAGCGCCUCCCCGUGGACGCUGGAGGGACUGCAGGAGUUCAGUCAGUACUCAGUCCGGGUUCAGGCCUUAAACCAGUUUGGGUCCGGGGCCUGGUCUGAGCCGCUGUCCGUCACCACCUUCUCUGACGUUCCAAGUGCGGCUCCUCUGAACGUGAGUCUGGAGGUUGUGCUGUCCCGGAGUAUAAAAGUGUCAUGGCUGCCCCCUCCUGGCCCGGAGCAAAACGGUCUCCUCACGGGAUUUAAGAUCCGCCUCCGCAAGAACACCCGAGGACCCCGAGGAGAGCGAGGACCACGAGGAGACCAGGAGACUGUGGAGGCCCAUAACCACUGGCACCUGUUCAGCGGGCUGGAUAAAGGCAGUCAGUACAGCGUGCAGGUUGCGGCCAUGACGAUGAACGGCAGCGGCCCGUUCAGUGAAUGGACUUCAGCCGAAACUCCAGAGAAUGACUUGGACGAGUCCACGGUGCCAGACCAGCCGUCCUCGCUACACGUCAGGCCCCUCCCCCACAGCAUCAUCAUGUCCUGGACUCCGCCCCUGUCGCCCGCGGUGAUAGUGCGCGGCUACAUCAUUGGCUACGGCGUCGGCAGCCCCUACGCCCACACGGUGCGAGUGGACAACAAGCAACGCUACUAUACCAUCGAGAACCUGGAACGAGGCACUGCCUUUGUGGCCCAGACUGAGGAGCUGUGCGGUCUCGGUCUCGGACUGAUGCGGUCUCGGUCUUUGCGGCAGUCUCGGUCUCUGCGGCGAUCUCGGUCUCUGCGGCGGUCUCGGUCUCUGCGGCGGUCUCGGUCUCUGCGGCGGUCUCGGUCUCUGCGGCGGUCUCGGUCUCUGCGGCGGUCUCGGUCUCUGCGGCGGUCUCGGUCUCUGCGGCGGUCUCGGUCUCUGCGGCGGUCUCGGUCUCUGCGGCGGUCUCGGUCUCUGCGGCGGUCUCGGUCUCUGCGGCGGUCUCGGCCUCUGCGGCGGUUUCGGUCUUUGCGGCAGUCUCGGUCUCUGCGGCGGUCUCGGUCUUUGGAGAGAGCGAGAGGAGACCAGAGCGAGAGGAGACCAGAGCGAGAGGAGACUAGAACGAGAGGAGACAGGAGCGAGAGGAGACCAGAGCGAGAGGAGACUAGAGCGAGAGGAGACAGGAGUGAGAGGAGACUAGAACGAGAGGAGACAGGAAGCGAAAGGAGACAGGAGCGAGAGGAGACCAGAGCGAGAGGAGACAGGAGUGAGAGGAGACCAGAGCGAGAGGAGACCAGAGCGAGAGGAGACCAGAGCGAGAGGAGACCAGAGCGAGAGGAAACCAGAGCGAGAGGAAACCAGAGCGAGAGGAGACAGGAGCGAGAGGAGACAGGAGUGAGAGGAGACCAGAGCGAGAGGAGACCGGAGCGAGAGGAGACCGGAGUGAGAGGAGACCAGAGCGAGAGGAGACCAGAGCGAGAGGAGACCAGAGCGAGAGGAGACCAGAGCGAGAGGAAACCAGAGCGAGAGGAGACAGGAGUGAGAGGAGACCAGAGCGAGGGGGAAACCAGAGCGAGAGGAGACCAGAGCGAGAGGAGACCAGAGCGAGAGGAGACAGGAGUGAGAGGAGACCGGAGCGAGAGGAGACCGGAGCGAGAGGAGACUAGAGCGAGAGGAGACAGGAGUGAGAGGAGACCAGAGCAAGAGGAGACCAGAGCGAGAGGAGACCAGAGCGAGAGGAAACCAGAGCGAGAGGAGACAGGAGUGAGAGGAGACCAGAGCGAGGGGGAAACCAGAGCGAGAGGAGACCAGAGCGAGAGGAGACAGGAGAGUGAGAGGAGACCAGAGCGAGAGGAGACCAGAGCGAGAGGAGACCAGAGCGAGAGGAGACCAGAGCGAGAGGAGACCAGAGCGAGAGGAGACAGGAGCGAGAGGAGACCAGAGCGAGAGGAGACCAGAGCGAGAGGAGACCAGAGCGAGGGGGAAACCAGAGCGAGAGGAGACCAGAGCGAGGGGGAAACCAGAGCGAGAGGAGACAGGAGUGAGAGGAGACCAGAGCGAGAGGAGACCAGAGCGAGAGGAGACAGGAGUGAGAGGAGACUAGAACGAGAGGAGACAGGAGCGAGAGGAGACCAGAGCGAGAGGAGACCAGAGCGAGAGGAGACCAGAGCGAGAGGAGACCAGAGCGAGAGGAGACCAGAGCGAGAGGAGACCAGAGCGAGAGGAGACAGGAGCGAGAGGAGACAGGAGCGAGAGGAGACAGGAGUGAGAGGAGACCAGAGCGAGAGGAGACCAGAGCGAGAGGAGACAGGAGCGAGAGGAGACAGGAGUGAGAGGAGACAGGAGCGAGAGGAGACAGGAGCGAGAGGAGACAGGAGCGAGAGGAGACAGGAACAGACCUACUCCUCCUGCAGACAGACCUACUCCUCCUGCAGACAGACCUACUCCUGCAGACAGACCUACCCUCCUGCAGACAGACCUACUCCUCCUGCAGACAGACCUACUCCUCCUGCAGACAGACCUACUCCUCCUGCAGACAGACCUACUCCUCCUGCAGACCCUACUCCUCCUGCAGACAGACCUACUCCUCCUGCAGACAGACCUACUCCUCCUGCAGACAGACCUACUCCUCCUGCAGACAGACCUACUCCUCCUGCAGACAGACCUACUCCUCCUGCAGACAGACCUACUCCUCCUGCAGACAGACCUACUCCUCCUGCAGACAGACCUUACACCUCCUGCAGACAGACCUACUCCUCCUGCAGACAGACCUACUCCUCCUGCAGACAGACCUACUCCUCCUGCAGACAGACCUACUCCUCCUGCAGACAGACCUACUCCUCCUGCAGACAGACCUACACCUCCUGCAGACAGACCUACUCCUCCUGCAGACAGACCUACCCUCCUGCACAGACCUACUCCUCCUGCAGACAGACCUACUCCUCCUGCAGACAGACCUACACCUUCUGCAGACAGACCUACUCCUUCUGCAGACAGACCUACACGUCCUGCACAGACCUACUCCUGCAGACAGACCUACUCCUCCUGCACAGACCUACUCCUCCUGCAGACAGACCUACUCCUUCUGCAGACAGACCUACUCCUCCUGCAGACAGACCUACUCCUGCAGACAGACCUACUCCUCCUGCAGAGACCUACUCCUCCUGCAGACAGACCUACUCCUCCUGCAGAGACCUACUCCUCCUGCAGACAGACCUACUCCUGCAGACAGACCUACUCCUCCUGCACAGACCUACUCCUCCUGCAGACAGAUCUACUCCUGCAGACAGACCUACUCCUCCUGCAGACAGACCUACACCUCCUGCAGACAGACCUACUCCUCCUGCAGACAGAUCUACUCCUGCAGACAGACCUACUCCUCCUGCAGACAGACCUACUCCUGCAGACAGACCUACUCCUCCUGCAGACAGACCUACACCUCCUGCAGACAGACCUACUCCUUCUGCAGACAGACCUACACCUCCUGCAGACAGACCUACACGUCCUGCACAGACCUACUCCUCCUGCAGACAGAUCUACUCCUGCAGACAGACCUACUCCUCCUGCAGACAGACCUACUCCUCCUGCAGACAGACCUACACCUCCUGCAGACAGACCUACUCCUUCUGCAGACAGACCUACUCCUUCUGCAGACAGACCUACUCCUCCUGCAGACAGACCUACUCCUCCUGCAGACAGACCUACACCUCCUGCAGACAGACCUACUCCUUCUGCAGACAGACCUACUCCUUCUGCAGACAGACCUACUCCUCCUGCAGACAGACCUACACCUCCUGCAGACAGACCUACUCCUUCUGCAGACAGACCUACUCCUUCUGCAGACAGACCUACUCCUCCUGCAGACAGACCUACUCCUCCUGCAGACAGACCUACUCCUCCUGCAGACAGACCUACUCCUCCUGCAGACAGACAGAAAAAACACACAUCACAUUCAUAUAA